UCCAAACGUUCAGAUUCGGCUUAAUUAAUACAGGAUUCUUGCAGUCGCACAACAGCACCAGCAGGGAUAAAAUGUGACGGAGAGCCCGGGUCCAGCUGCGCACAUACUAAAGCCAUUUUCCUGUUGACUGCGCUCGCCACGUUGGUUCACCUACGUGUGUGUCACAUUCUUCUGCGCACCGCAACGUUAUGUUUGUGAUGAGGCGGGAAAUGGCGUCCGCAGACAUGGUCGAUCUGUGACUAGCUACUGAGCGACGGACACAGCUGGCGGCAACAACCACGGCCCGAUCUUUGUCCGUGGCCGCCACGGUCGUGGCCGAGAGCUGACAACGCUGCGGGACGUUUUGAAGAGCUUCCUAGAUCAUCGAUUUUUCUAUGUGACGUUGGUACAUGAUGAAGCUGAGAGUGCGUAAAGCUCCUCAGCAGCCGAGCGUAGGCCAUCAAACCCACCCGUCCCAGGCCAAAAGGAAACACUGUGAAGUGGAGCCAUCGCCGGUGAGAGGUCGAGGCAAAAUGCAGAAGAAUGAGACAGGCCUGUUCUCCACUAUCAAGAAAUUCAUUCGUGGAAAUGCAGUCAAGGUGGAGCAGGAUAUUCCUGCCAAGCGGAGUCGUAUUGAUUGUAAUCCCGACGGUGAUCUCAUUACUUCAACACCACAGACUAGAGGCCUCUCUAAUAAAUCCGUAUCCAGAGUUUGCCGGAAAAGUCCAAAUAAAGACACCAUGACCUGCCAUAGUAAACCAAUUAAACCAAACGGUAAACUGGAGGCCCCUGUCGACUCAACGAGCAGCCCAGCACGCACCACCCUCCUUGGAACCAUCUUCUCCCCAGUCUUCAACUUUUUCUCACCAGCAACUAAAACUGCCACUCCUGGCUCUGAUUCUCCCGGCCAAGCCAUGGAGGCAGAGGAAAUCAUGAAACAGCUGGACAUCGAGCAGGCUGAAGAGAUGCCGAGCAGCACUCUCACAUCCACCCUCACAUCCACCGAGGGCAUCGCUCCGUGUCACACUGCUCCGAUUUUACCACAGAGGCUCCACAUUACCUCCGAUACAACCAUAGAAGAAGGAGAGAUCGUCACUGAAACUGACAUGCCCCCGUUAACAGCUCCUGGGUGUAUGCCAGAUGGCAGCUAUCCACACUCAUUACCUGCAGUUCCAGCAGAACCCUCAUACGAUGAGGACUGGGAAGUUUUCGACCCGUACUUCUUCAUCAAGCACGUGCCUCCGCUGACAGAAGAGCAGUUAACACGCAAACCGGCCCUGCCUUUAAAAACACGCAGCACACCAGAGUUUUCUCUUGUCCUUGAUCUGGAUGAAACUCUGGUUCAUUGUAGUUUGAAUGAGCUCGAAGAUGCAGCUCUGACAUUCCCCGUGCUUUUUCAAGAUGUAAUAUACCAGGUGUAUGUUCGGUUGAGGCCCUUUUUCAGAGAGUUUCUCGAGCGCAUGUCUCAGUUGUACGAGAUUAUUCUCUUCACUGCUUCAAAGAAGGUCUAUGCUGACAAGUUGCUCAACAUCCUGGAUCCGAAAAAACAGUUAGUAAGACAUAGACUAUUUCGUGAGCACUGUGUGUGCGUUCAAGGAAAUUACAUUAAAGACCUAAACAUUCUCGGGCGGGAUCUUUCCAAAACUGUAAUAAUCGACAACUCACCCCAAGCCUUUGCUUAUCAGCUUUCCAAUGGAAUCCCCAUUGAGAGCUGGUUUGUGGAUAGAAAUGACAACGAGCUUCUAAAGCUUAUUCCUUUCCUCGAGAAACUUGUGGAGCUGAAUGAAGACGUCAGACCGCACAUCCGAGAGCGGUUUCGUUUGCACGACCUCCUCCCUCCAGACUGAGGUGCUAAUGUUCAUUUACAAGAUUGCAGUGGAAGAAGGAAAAAACAAAUGGACUCAUAGAAGGAUGUCUUCAGUGGAUUCAGCUCUGAAUGGCAGUGUUACAUACACAACAUUGCCAUUAUUAUAAUUUUUUUAAGUCGUACAAAAAAAGAAAAAAUGAAAAUUAUGCUCGAGUCCACAAAAAAGUCCUGGAUGUUUAUACACACACACACACACACACACACACACACACACACACACACACACACACACACACAGUGAAGGCAGACUCAGAGCAGAGGUUUCUUAGCUCACUUGUUUUCAGUGCGACCUUGCAGACGGCCUCCUGGAAGGUAUUUUGUCAUUUGACAAAACUGAAUGUCACAGUGUUGGAUUACAAGGACAUUGUUGGUUUCCUCCUGACCUCCAGUGGCCAGUCAAACCUGUAAAAUAUUCACUCUAUUUGCCUGUAAAUAUAUGUACAUAAUUGUUUUGUUUUUUUGUUUGUUUGUUUUUCUCUUGAGGUUUUUAAGUCCUUUUAGUUUCACUUCAGAUUUUAGUAUGUUCUCUGACUCGGUUGCUUUUUUCUUUUUUAACUGAUAAAAUGUUGUUUUGUUUGAACUUGUUGAUAAGCAGCUGCUUUUCUGUUGUAUGCCUGCAUAAUUCCUGUGAUGCUUUACUCCAUUACAUGCAGUCGUCUCUUAUAAGGUGCAGUUUAAAGAAAAAAAAAAAAAAGGAAGAAGAAAAGAAAUGAGUGUCUUUGGGAGGAAAAAUGUUUCUGAAAUAAUAUUUUAAAGCUAUGAAAUGUAAGAUAGACUAGGGUCUCAAAUGAAUACCAACCCAUAAUGGCCGAAUCUUAAUUUUGGAGAUUUUUAUUUAAGAGUCCGCUUCUGGUUGCGACAUUUUGAUCGUCCUCUUUGACAGGAGGGGUGGGUGGGAGGGUGGGGUUCAGGCAUCUUGCACUUUGACAUCCAGCCCUUUGUAAGUUGAUGUAAACUCUUGUCACUUUUCUACACAGGUCUGUAUCGCCUAAAUUUGUUAUGUGGGGGGAAAAUGAAAUUGUAGCACCAGCAAAUUGCCAACAUGUUUGCUUUGAAUCUUCUUUUCCAAGACGUCUUGUAUGUGGGAUCUUUGAUGUAGGAGUCACGAGUUUUAUUGACUUAUUGAAUGAUCACUCCUGGUGUAUUCAGUGUUACUCAAUGGUUUCCUUGAAAAUAAAUACAUUUUUAUACGA